AUGUCUAUGGAGCUGUGUGCCACACCAUGCCAACAAGAGUCAAAAACCUCGUGGCUCGGCAGUCUAGCAGGCCCUGCACGACUUACUCAGGCACCGCACUAUCGUCGUUCGGCUCAGCCGGUGUCAGUGUCGUUUAAGCAUCGGUCGAACCGUGGCUUUCAACACAACCCAGCCCUGCCUUACCAUCAGAAGCGGACUCGCAAGGAGUGGGAAAAAUCCGGAAAGAAGCAUACUGAGCACCUCGACCGUCGUGAUGAACAAGAUGGCCGAAAUGGACCAAAGGCAGAGCAAAAGCUUGUCCCGAGCACCCUCUUAUUGAAAACAGGGCCUGCGUGGUUCAAGAGGAGUGUAUAG